AGGUGGAGCCACCGUGUUCCUGCUCCCGUGUUUGAUUCUACCAUUCUUCCAGCUCGGCGUCAUGCUCAUCCUCAAUACGACCAUCACCGUGUGCUUGACGUUUUUCUUCCUGAUGCCCGCGCUGAUGAUAUGUGGCCCCAUGGGGCAGUGUGGACGAACACUGCGUGUGCUGUUCUGCAUGGGGAAGCCCCGCCCACCUCCUUCUGCAGACGAGGGUGCCGUCGAACCUGCAGACGAGAAUGCCUCCGAAGGAAAUGACGAAGGAAACGAUGCUGGGAGAGCUACGUGGGCCCAUGACACCGCUCCGACAGCAACUUCCAUCUAGCGCGGGCCUCCCCCGGACUACACAGUGCACACGGUCCACGCUUACCAGAUGUCUGACAAGCCCGACAGACGGAGUCGAGUGACAGAUGUUCUCAAGCACGCUGGAGUUGCGAUAGUUGGCGGAGCGUUUACAACAGGUGGAGCCACCGUGUUCCUGCUCCCGUGUUUGAUUCUACCAUUCUUCCAGCUCGGCGUCAUGCUCAUCCUCAAUACGACCAUCACCGUGUGCUUGACGUUUUUCUUCCUGAUGCCCGCGCUGAUGAUAUGUGGCCCCAUGGGGCAGUGUGGACGAACACUGCGUGUGCUGUUCUGCAUGGGGAAGCCCCGCCCACCUCCUUCUGCAGACGAGGGUGCCGUCGAACCUGCAGACGAGAAUGCCUCCGAAGGAAAUGACGAAGGAAACGAUGCUGGGAGAGCUACGUGGGCCCAUGACACCGCUCCGACAGCAACUUCCAUCUAGCGCGGGCCUCCCCCGGAGCGCGGCGCGCCCGUGCUGCCGUAGCGCUCUUGCUCCUCGAGAUCCCGUUCCAGAGAUCCGACGCUCCAACAAAAGUUGGAGCUGCGGGAUUUUGGCCGUUGUCGGCCUCCAGGAGCCCUCGUGGGGCCUCGGGAGCGUCGAACAAUUAUUAUUUAAUCGCUUUGCUCAUUCCGCCGGCCCAUACGGUCUCAUGUCUGCCGUUUGCCCGAGGGCCUGGUGUCAAUGCGGCGCUUUGGGG